AUCAAACAGCGUAAUUUACAAUUCCGCUUGCGUGUAUAAUUGUUCCUUAUUUGCUGUUUAGAUUCGUAUACGUACUUCUUUUCUCAUUUCUAGGCAGUUCGGUGGCAGACAUUUAAGAUGUCUGGACGCGGAAAGCAAGGUGGUAAGGCCCGCUCCAAAGCUAAGACGCGAUCCUCUAGGGCUGGACUCCAGUUCCCCGUGGGCCGAGUGCACCGCCUGCUCCGCAAGGGGAACUACUCCGAGCGGGUCGGGGCCGGCGCUCCCGUGUACCUGGCGGCGGUGCUGGAGUACCUGACGGCCGAAAUCCUGGAGCUGGCGGGCAACGCGGCCCGCGACAACAAGAAGACGCGCAUUAUCCCGCGCCACCUACAGCUGGCCAUCCGCAACGACGAGGAGCUCAACAAGCUGCUGGGCCGCGUGACCAUCGCGCAGGGUGGCGUCCUGCCCAAUAUCCAGGCCGUGCUGCUGCCCAAGAAGACCGAGAGCCACCACAAGGCCAAGGGAAAGUAAAUUGCAAAAGUUAGCCAGAAUCUUAGGUCGUUGAGUCCAUCUUUAAACCAAAGGCUCUUUUCAGAGCCAUCCACGUAUUCAUUAAAAGGGCUCACGUUUUCUUCAUGCAAUGGGCAGCGAUCUUUACUAGCACAAUUCAACAUGGAAGUGUCAAUGUUUAGACUCGAGUUGUCAGACUUGAAUAUACUAUAUAUUUUAAGACUCAAAAUUUUGAAGAAGGUAAAUAGAACACUUUUUAAACUAAACAACCUUAACACUAAAAUUAAAUAAAUUGAGUUUGUGUUAGAAUUAAAACUGAUCGAUGAGGAAGGAGGUCAGGAUUGCUAAACUGGUUUGGAAGAAACAAAAAGUGGCAAGAAUAAUGCCUGUUGAGUGUUAAGAAUUUAGAUGCAAAUCAAGUUAGUGACCUACAAAGCAAUAAAACCCUCACCUUUAGUGUUAUCUCUUGCUAAAAAGAGUUGUUUUGCAUCUUCAGGGGACAAAAUCAUCUGCAGUUCUCAAGUUUUUACCUGCCAACCUCCAGCUCUACAAAGUGGGACCCUAAUGAAUUGUAAAUAGGAAGACAUCUUCUGUAUUCAGAUGACAUUAGCCUACAUGCUACUUAAUAAAGGAUUCAGCAUGACUUUGAAAAAGGGACACGGUAAUAUUUACGUACUGUUUAUAAGUUUGGAGCCCUGGUUGCGCAGUGGUUAAGAGCUUGGCUGCUAACCAACAGGUCGGCAGUUUAAAUCUACCAGUCGCUCCUUGGGAACCCUAUGGAGACAGU